UUAUCAUGUCACGCUAAGAGAGGCAUAUACGUCAAAGCAGUCUUACGUCAACUCUUUUCACAGUGCAAUAAUAUUUUGAAAUAAUGAGUAGGUGAAACUGUUCACUACUAUAUAAUAUAAAAAAAAGAAGUAUUUUUUAAGUGAUUCUCUGUGUAAAAUGGUGGCGGACGAGAAAUUGUUUUUCUCAAAAGCUGUACAACAUUUGGCUAGAUGCCUUGCUGCUAUUAAACCUACACCGUGGGAAAAGGUAACUCGUUUAUUCAAAUUAUGUCCUCAAGAAACUGCUCAAGGAAUAUAUCGUCUGGAUCAACGUGGACAAGAUGCAACUAUUGCAUUGGGAAUAUAUUUUUUGGAAUCAGAAUUGCAACAUCGGGAUCGUAUUUUACCAUAUUUUUUACGAUUGUUGCGUGGUCUUCCAAAAGCUGUUUGGUUGGACGAAGUUAGAGUUUCACCUAGCGAAAGAGUUCCUGUUGCUGAACGUUUUAGUUUUUGUUUGAAUACGUUACUGAGUGAUAUAGCUGCCAGAUGUGAAUCAGCUCGUGAGGAAAUUAUUUCUACACAGAUUGAGAUAUUAGCAGUUUUAACAAAUCUGAUACGCGGUUAUAAAGAACAAAAUGGAAAUAGGGGUAUGCAAGCAAAAUUGUCUUUAUGCAAAUCUUUAGUCCCUGUACUUAUUGGACUGGCAAGAUCUAUGGGUCGUUUCGCAUGUACAGAUCCACCAUUGCUCUGUCGUAUCUUUCCACGGCCUGAAACUCCAGUCUCUUUCACAAAUACAGAAACACGUUUAACAUCGGAUAAAAAACAACAUAGUUUCUCAAAUUUUCGUCCAAUUAUUCCACGGUCUCUAAGUGGAAAUCUAAAUCCUUAUCCACCAAUCGAUAAUACUCCAGCAUUGCUAACGGCUGAUUCUGAUUAUUCGACUAUCAAGAGACCAUCACUACAAUCUUUUUCAUCUGUGCCAUAUGAUCCAGUUACAUACUUUUUCAGUAGAUAUGGAUCCAGUUUUAAUCAAUUUCCACAAAUGCGGUGUAAUGAAAGUCCUGAAAAAAGGGCUGCAAUGCAAUUUAAUGUAGUACAUUUACAAAGUGUUCUAGCAUUAGCUAAAAAGCUACUUACUAAAGAUAUUCUUACGUUCCUUGACGAAGAAGCUCAACAAGUUUAUAAUUCUGGCCAAGUACAAAUAUUUCCAUAUCGCACAUUCAGCGAAACUAUGAAUUUAGUUAUGGUAGCGGUUUUACGAGAAUUAUUACAAAAUCAACGCGAUUUACCUGCUCCAUUUACAAGAGAUGUACAAGAAUUUGUUAAAGGCCUUUUUCUGUCGGGACAGACAGAAUUGCAAUCUAGACAACACGAUGCUAGUGAGCGAGAGGAUGUAGAUACUAAUUUUCGGACAGUAAAUAGAUUCAAAGUUAACGUUAUGGCAAAUUCUGCAUGCGUUGAUCUUCUUGUUUGGGCCAUUGGAGAUGAAACUGGUGCUGAUAGUCUAUGUGGCCGUCUUGUUGAAAAAAUUAACUCCAAUCAUGGUCCAAAACUUGUAUUAGCACACAUGCCCUUACUAUUAGUAUGCUUAGAAGGUUUAGGAAAAUUAGCUCAGAAGUUUCCUAAUAUUGCAAGUACUUCUAUAUAUUAUCUUCGUGAAUUUCUUAUUGUCCCUUCACCUAUAUUAUUAAAAUUAUAUCGUCAACUCAAUGAGCGAUCUAUAAAAGAACAUCAUUUUAAAGUUACCGUACAAGGAAAAGAAGUACAAGAUUCAAAACAGACAACAUCAUCCGUUCAAAUUGCUUUUGAAAAAUUGCGUGAUGCAGCAAUUGGCAAUCUUUGUAUAGCUUUGGAAGCAGCACAUUCUGUUAAUCCAGAUUGCGUACCAGCACUAGUGGCUAGUGUAUCUAAUAGAUUAUUUGCAGCAGACAUAUGCGAUGGAGAAUCUGAUGAAAAAUCAAAUAGCGAGCUAAUCUCCAAAAAUAUUGUUAUUAUGUUAGGACACGUAGCUGUAGCUUUAAAGGAUACUCCAAAAACAAUGCGUACAAUAUUCCCAUUUUUUCAUCAACUUUUUUGUCGCUCACCAAGCGAUCUAGACUUCUUGAUCGUGGAUCAGUUAGGUUGCAUGAUUAUUGCUAAAUGUGAAGCACAGAUUUAUGAGGGAAUAAUGCAAAUGUUUUCAAUGUCAUUGGGAUCAAGUACUGCAACUUAUGCAUCAAACGACGACAGAAAACAAUAUUGUCAUGUCUCUAAGGCAGUAACAAAUGCUCUUGCUAACAUAGCAGCUAACUUACAAGGCGAAACAGAAUUAAAUGACUUGCUUCUUCAUCUUUUAGAACUUUUUGUUCAAUUAGGUCUAGAAGGUAAACGUGCCAGCGAUAAAGUCCCAAAUAGUAUUGCUACAACGAAGACAACAAAUAGUGCUGGAAAUUUAGGAGUGCUAAUUCCUGUUAUUGCCAUAUUAUUGCGACGUUUACCACCAAUUAGACAUCCACAAAAAAGACUUCUAAAGCUUUUUAAAGAUUUCUGGGUCUAUUGCGUUGUAAUGGGAUUUGCUGCUGAUCAACAAUCGAAAAUAUGGCCUAUUGAGUGGUAUGAUGGUGUCAAAGAAAUAGCUGUUAAAUCGCCUUAUCUUAUUUCACCAACUAGUGCACGUCUUGAAAUGAGAGAACUACAGUAUACUUCGGCAGUACGCAAUGAUAGUGUUUCGUUAACUGAACUUCAAGAAUUACGUAGCCAAAUAUUAAAAUUAAGUAGUCGGUCCAAUGAUAUAUCAGCAUAUGUAGCAAAAUUACAGUUUGCUCAGUGUACGUAUUUAUUAUCAGUAUACUGGUUGGAAACUUUAAGGGUUGCAAAUAGUCCAGAGCCUAGCUUACAUCCAAUAAUGGAAUAUUUAUGUGAUACUGAUUUGCAAAAAGAUAAAAGUGGUAUGUGGCAGUGUAUAUGUUGCAUCGCUGACUCUGUCUUUGUUAGAUUUAAAGAUGUUAUGCAACGCAAACCAAAAGAUGAACAACGAGAAAAAGAAUUAGAAAAUCACGCUCAAUUUUUAUUAGUAUAUUUUAAUCAUGUGCAUAAACAAAUUAGACGCGUGGCAGAUAAAUAUCUAAGUGCUUUAGUAGAUGCAUUUCCACACUUAUUAUGGAAUUGUAAAGUAUUAUGGAGUAUGUUAGAUAUAUUACAGAUUUUGUCAUUUUCUCUACAAAUUGAUCCAAAUGAGGAAACACCUAGUCUGCGUAUUCCUAAUACACCCUACAGCAUUGAACUUAUGAAUAGCCUUGAAGCAAGAGAGAUUAUUGUAAAAGACUUUACGGCAAGAUGUAAAGGCAUAGUACAAGAGGCAAUGAAAUGGGCUCCACAAGCUACAAGAUCACAUGUACAAGAAUAUAUAAAUCAAAUACCAUCUUCGGGUAUGUGGCAUCAUUCUGGAUUAUCUUUAGCAACGGAUUCGGUUCUGGAAUUUGUAGAUUUAACAGUUCCAACAGCUCUUCCAUCAAGCACAAAUUCGUUGGAUAAAAGACCUCGUGGUCCUAAAGGUGCAAGUUCAUGGCUUUUUUCAAUGAUGGCAAUGCGUUUAUGGCAUGCCGGUGAAGUAGCAGGUAUGGUUGCACUUGCUCGUUCAGAAUUUCCGACAAAUAAAAUGUCAAUAGAAGAAUCUAGAGUAGCAGUUGUACAACAACUUAUUGAUGCUGUUUGGCGUGCUUGUCGCGAAUCUAAUGAUCUUCAACACCGUGGUGCUCUUUGGCGUGCUACUGCUCUUUUAAUAUCUAUGCCAGGAAUACACAGACGACUUUUGCAAACUGUUGCCUGCUCGCAGGUUGAAUUAUUUACAAGCGCAGCAAUGAAUACUGCUGUUGAGUGCUGGCAAUGGAUUCUUACUGUGCGGCCUGAUCUUAAAUUGCGUUUUUUACAAGAGAUGCUUGUCGCGUGGCAAUACACCGUUGAUAAGAAAAUGGGAUUAUUUUCUGCUGAAGAAGAAGAAGUCAGUCCAUUAGCAGUUUAUGAAGGUUGUAAGUUAGAACCUAAUCCACCUGAUGUAAAACCUCAUGAUAUUUGGAUAUCAUUUAUCAUGGAAUUAAUUGAAACUGCAAAAUACUGUUGCCAAGAAACGGUGGAUAUGAUAGUGAUGUUGCUUCAUCGAUCAUUACCUAUGUCUGUUGGUGCAUUUGGCGAAGAGCCUACAAUAAACCGACAUGUGGCUGCAGUAGGAGUCCGUUUUAAAUUGUUAUCUUGUGGUUUACUUCUCCUUCAAGGUGAUAUUUUACCAAGAUCGCUAAGUAAAAAUGUUCUGCGAGAACGUGUUUAUUCUAAUUGUUUAGAUUAUUUUUGUCGAGAGAGACAAGUACCAACUCAAGAACUCGAACAGCUCCGUGAAGAUAUAGUUACUCUUAUACGUUUUUGGCAGGUUAUGCACAGUGAUAAAAAAUAUUUAAUGAUGACGGGAAACGAAAAUGAAUUUGAUUUAACAAUACAACCUCAAGUAUACACAGCAAGUGUACUUGUAACGAGUGAAACUAUCAAUUCGAUAACUGCAACAUUAAGUCCAGCUACUAACGAUUUUUCAAAAACACCUACCAGUGUGUGGGUUAAUGCUAUGCCAAUGUCGACCAGUAGCAAUACAUUAAGCAAACGCAGUAAUCGAAGUAAACGUGUUGUCAAUACCAAUGUUUUUGUAAAAGAUUAUAUUAAAAAGCGUAAUUUAAUUCUUGAAUUGUUAGCAGUAGAAAUAGAAAUGUUACUGGUUUGGCGUAAUCCAGGUUGUAGACAAGAAUUAAUGCUUCCAGGAGAAGCUAAUAUUGCGGAAUGGCGUGCUAAAGGUAUGAAUGAAAAAUGGAGAGAAUAUACGCGUUUGGCUUGGGAGAUUAGUCCAAGUCUCGCUGUAUUUAUGCCAGUACGUUUAAAGAAUUCAGAAAUAAUUAUUAAAGAAAUUUGUGGAUUGGUGAGACAAAAACCUGUUGCAGUCAUGCAUAUUUCAGAAGCUUUACAAUAUCUUGUAACUACAGAUACUCUUCUUAAUGAUGUACCUGAAUUGGUUUAUAUGCUAACAUGGGCAAGAGUUUCACCUAUUCAUGCGUUAGCUUACUUUUCUCGUCAAUUUCCACAUCAUCCAAUUUCUGCUCAAUAUGCAGUACGUGUACUAGACAGUUAUCCUGCUGAUGCUGUACUUGUUUAUAUACCACAACUUGUACAGGCAGUUCGCCAUGAUUCUAUGGGUUAUGUUACUGAAUUUAUUAAAAAAAUUGCUAAACGUUCUCAGGUAGUAGCGCAUCAGUUAAUAUGGAAUAUGCAUACAAAUAUGUAUAUGGAUGAAGAAAAACAAAUAAAAGAUCCGGUUCUUUUCGAUGUCUUGGAUUCAUUAGUGAAAAAUAUUCUUAAUGCAUUAUCCGGUCCGGCUAAACAAUUUUAUGAACGAGAAUUUGAAUUCUUUGAAAAAAUAACUAAUAUAUCUGGUGAAAUUAGGCCAUAUCCUAAAGGUCCUGAACGUAAGGCAGCAUGUUUGGAAGCUUUAUCAAAAAUCAAAGUACAACCUGGCUGUUACUUACCAUCUAAUCCUGAAGCAAUGGUUAUUGAUAUAGAUUAUAAAAGUGGGACACCUAUGCAAAGUGCUGCUAAGGCGCCAUUCCUUGCACGUUUCAAAGUUCAAAGGUAUGGUAUUAAUGAGUUAGAAAAUAUUGCAUUAGCGGUGUCAACAAAUGGAAAAGUUGAGAGAAAGAAAGAUACAGGAAAAGAAACAUGGCAAGCUGCCAUUUUUAAAGUUGGCGAUGAUGUAAGACAAGAUAUGCUCGCAUUACAAGUAAUUAGUAUAUUUAAGAAUAUUUUCCAGAAAGUUGGUCUGAAUUUAUUUUUGUAUCCUUAUAGAGUAGUAGCAACAGCACCAGGGUGCGGUGUUAUUGAAUGCGUACCAGAUGCAAAAUCACGAGAUCAAUUAGGACGUACAACAGAUAUUGAUAUGUAUCAAUAUUUCAUUACACGAUGCGGUGAUGAAACAACAAAAGAAUUUCAAACAAUUCGACGUAACUUUGUUAGAUCGAUGGCUGCUUAUAGCGUGAUUACGUAUCUUCUUCAAAUAAAAGAUCGUCAUAAUGGAAAUAUUAUGUUAGACAGUCAAGGUCAUAUAAUACAUAUAGAUUUUGGCUUUAUGUUUGAAAGUUCUCCUGGAGGAAAUCUUGGAUUUGAACCUGAUAUCAAACUUACUGAUGAAAUGGUACUAGUAAUGGGUGGUAAAAUGGAAGCUGCACCUUUCCGUUGGUUCAUGGAAUUAUGCGUUCAAGCUUUUCUAGCUGUGAGGCCUUAUCAAGAAGCAAUCAUUUCUCUCGUUUCCCUUAUGCUCGAUACAGGCUUACCAUGUUUCCGAGGUCAAACAAUAAAAUUGUUACGUGGUAGAUUUGUCCCAACAGCUACCGAUAGAGAAGCUGCUGCUUUUAUGCUUAAUGUAAUUCGUAGCAGCUACCUCAAUUUCCGUACGAAAACUUAUGAUAUGAUACAGUAUUAUCAAAAUCAGAUUCCUUAUUAAAUUAUUAUUUAACAUACUUUCCAUGAUAUAUAUUGUACACUGUUUAAAAAAGGAUUCAGGUAUUAAAAGAUAUAUAGUAUUCGUUAACCAAAAUAACAAAUGAAACGUCAAUUUUGUUUAUCUAUGUCGACGAUCUAUGUUGUGUCACCUUCUUUAAAAAUGUGCUAAGUAUAAAAUGUAUAAUAUUGUUAAAUGUGAUAUAGUAAUUAGGAAAGUGUAUAAAAGUAUCAAUAUCAUUGUUAUUUUCAUUUCUGUGUAAAUUAUAAAACAAUUAUAUUUUAUUUAAUUGCUAGUAAAAUAUAUGAAUUAUACGAGAACAUUCCGUUACUU